AUGGAGGCACGAUCCUUGGCUCGAUGCCUCCGCUUGAGGCCGACAACCUCGCUAUACACCACGCAACCCAUCAUCUUCCGCGGACAGAAUGCCCUCCGAUACUUCUCAACAUCCAAUUCCCUCUUACAAACCACUCCCGCUAGCCAGGACCAACCAACAUCCACGACCCCCGCGUCGACCCAGGAACAAUCCAAGGUCCAAACCAGCAGCAGCAGCACAGCAACCAACUCCAACUCCGCAGACUUCGACCGGAUUCUCAACCAACUCAACUUCAACAACACCAACCGCAAUGCCACAGAAGGCGGCCAGUCCUCCGACCCCCUUUCGCUCUCGCGCGCGGUCCGCAUGGCCCCUGAGACAGACAGCUAUAAACACCCGCUCCGCCGGGUAGAGCUGAAAUUGGGGCCUACGCUGGGUCGCCAGGUGCACGUGGAGCCGGAGAAGGGAGUGGAUCUGACGACGGCGCUGCGCGUGCUGCAGGGCAAUAUCACGACCAACAAGGUGCGGGCGCAGUGGCAUGCGCAGAAGUUCCACGUGCGGAGGGGCCAGAUGCGGAAGAACUUGAGGAUGGACCGGUGGCGGAAGUUGUUCAAGUUCUCGUUUAAGGAAACAGUUAACAAGAUCCAGCGUAUGAGGGCGCAGGGAUGGUAA